AUGUUUUCAUCGAAUAAUCUUCUGUCUCAAGCUAAACAACAUGGCUCUGAAUUCGUCGUUAAAGUGAAUCAUCGUAUGCUAAUCGAUAAAAUACUCGCUCGAUAUUCAUCAGAUUUUGUUGUUUGUCGAGAGCUUAUUCAAAAUGCAGAUGAUGCUAAAGCAACAUCAUUCUCCUUCGAACUAACAUGCGAAUCGAAUGAUUCAAGAAAAAAGACAUUACACAGUAAUAUUAUCACUGAAAUUCGUGCAGUUAAUAAUGGAGCAAUCUUUACGCAAACCGAUUGGCAACGAGUAGCAUCAAUUGCAGAGGGCAAUACUAAUAUUGAAUCAGUGGGACAAUUUGGUGUUGGAUUUUUUUCAGUCUUUUCAUUUUCAGAAGAGCCAAUCAUUGUAUCAGGUAAACAAUGUAUGGCAUUUACUUGGCGAGAUGAUGAAUCAUUGACAACAUAUCGUUGUGAAUUAGACAGCACGCAACAAUCUAAUUUGACUUCUAUUAUUCUAAAAAUGCGAAGUAAAUAUGUUCUUAAUGCUGAAAAAGCAUUGACUGGCAGAGACGAUGAAUCUUACUCUCAAUCAGCAACUAAUGGAAAGAUGACAAGUGCAGCUAAAAUCGGAGUCAUCCCAACAAUCAAUUUAUCUCAAAUGAAAGCUUACUUCACGAAAGUACUCUCAUUUACAAGUCAUAUCAAUGAAGUCAAGAUGAAAGUCAACGAUUUAACUGUAUUUCAAGUUAAUAAAAAGAAAAAACAAAUCGUUUCGUUAACAAAAGAAACAUCGACAUUCAAUAUUAAGUCAAUAUCAAAUAUGCUUCUUCUUAACUCAUUCGUACAAACAGAACAAACAUUUUCCAUUGCCAAUGGUCCAUCAAUAACUUUGAUGCAUAUUGAUGUUAAUGCAAAACUAAAUAUUGAUGAAGAAUUUCACAAUCAAAUUAGACGUAUUUUGAAGAAAAGUCUUCCAUCUAAUGUUCGAAUUCAAUUGUUAUAUGCACCAAGUGAUGUUGUUUCUCAACUACGAAAUAUCUCAUUGAAUGAUGCCCAUCUUGAAACUCAAAUUCUUCAUUCAUUAUUACCUCUAAAGUGUCAUGAAAAUCAAAUUAUUCCAUCAGGUCUUGUCUUCAUUGGUCUUGGAACGCAACAAACUACAGGUCUUGGAAUGCAUGUCUUUAGUCAUCUGGUUCCUACAGUGGAACGUGAAAAUCUUGAUAUGCAAGAUCCACAUUUAGAAAAAUGGAAUAAAGAACUUCUUUCAGCAAUGGGACAAGUGGUUCGUUUCAUUUAUAAUCAAUCAAUAUUUGAUAACGAUCAACUUAAUCAUAGUUUAUCUGCUCAAUUCGCAACAUUUUCAUUUCAAACUUCGGUUCCAAAUAAUAAAAUCGGUCUUACUCUCCUCAAUGGAUUUUUCGCUUCGCAGGAAAACGUUCUGGUGCCUGUAAAACAACAAACAUUAGCUUCACGAUUGACUCUUUCAGAAUCAUCAAAAGCCUUUCUUGCUUAUUCACAAUACAUUCAUUCAUUUCUUUCACUUCCACUUGUUCCACUUGAAAUUUCAAAUAAUGGGUUAUUCAAUGAACUUAAACGACUUCAAUUAGUACAAGAAGUUAACCAUGAUGUUAUCAAGCGUUCUAUGAAAACUUGUAUUCUUCUAUCAAAUGAAUUUAUUGCAUUAUUACGUUGGUUAUGUAGUACUGAAGUUAACAAUAAUAGCAAUUUUAUUGAAAGUAUCUUCUCAACUAUUCGAUUUCGUGAUAAAGAUAAAUCACCAAUUAUAAUCUUAGAAAAAAUAAAACAUUAUGAUGAAAUUAAUCCAUCACCAUUGUUACCAUUACCAUCAAGUGUUAUACCUUCUAGAAUAGCUACACAUAUUUCCAACGAAGAUUUCAAUAAACAUUUAUCAUUAACACCAUUAGCAUUUGAUGAUCUAUUAAACUUUUAUUUUCUUGAUGACCAAAAACAUCUUUUAACUGAUCAAAAUAAAGUUGUGCAUCUGUUUAAUUUAAUUUCAAAAUAUUGGAAUAGUAUUCAACAAUCUCAAAAAGAUCGAAUGAAGCAAAUAUUGUCACAAAUUGAAUGCAUACCAACACAACAAGGAAUGAAAUUACCUAAAGAAUCCUACAUUCGAUCACAAAUAUUAUCACCUGACUUACCUAUAAUUGCUAUAAAUGUCGUACCAAAUAUGAAUCCAAAUAGUAAAGAUGGAGUGCGAGUCAAUGACUGUCGUAGUAUCCAAUUCAAUAAUGAUUCAGAUAAUUGUGUUUUAGCUGAAUUUCUGAAAUUAAUUGGAUGUCGAACAGUUCAUGUACAAUCAUUCAUCGCUCAUCAAAAUACUCUAUCGAAUGCACCAAAAACUAUGAGUGAAGAAGAUAUUGCAGCAUUGAAACAAACUCAAUGCUUUGCAGGUACAACAAUUCAAUCGGGAAACGAAACAGUUGGUCUAUUCCGUCCUGACGAGCUACUUUUUUCAGAGGCUGCGCACCAACUUAAAUCUAAUACAGUGCAUAUAAUAUUUUGGCCUGAUGAUUUUCAUGAUUUGAACAUCCAUCACUUUCUAUGUUCGCUUGGAAUACGUGAAGCUCCUAAGCUUGAUGAUCUCAUUGAUAUGAUUGACGAAGAUUUUAAGAAACAACGUUUCGAACACGGUGGAUCAUCAUACAUCAUACCGCCAUCACUUGAAUUCUUAGCCAAAAAUGUUGAAAAGCAUUAUCCAAAACUUUGGAAAGAAAAAACAAAUCGACGAGCCUUCAUUCCCGCUCAAUGGCCAGCUAAUCCGACUGCUCGACGUGGUCAAUUUAUAAUUGAUGAAGUGACCGAAGACAUGAUUUACGGAAUUCAGGUAAAACUUGAAAGUUCUUUGGAAAAACUUAAACGAUCUGGUUAUCCUAUUGAUCGAUUGCGCAUCAAUCCACCGAAGCCAACUGAUAUUCCUGUAGAACCAAAAACUCCAGUCAUGCCGAUUGUUCAACAGGAUGAAAGUGGUUUAGAUGCUGAAGAACACAUAAAAUCAGGAAAUCCCGGUCUCAAACGGUUUGGAAAAAGCAAGCCGAAUACUAGUACAGUACCAAGUUCGAGUAGCUAUGAAAAGUCUAAUGCUACAACUACUGAUUCUACGUUAGACGAUGCAGACUAUGAUUUGCUUACGCCUGAAACUAUUGAAGAGACUGUUUUACAAGUGCUUCAACCCUAUAAUAACGUGGAAUUUUACACAGUAAACAAUAAAAUCGAGAACAAUAGAACGACUAGAGAACCUUGUGAAGCACUACAGAAUAUUAAUUUAGAAAUUUACAAAGAUCAUUUUCACGGUAUUCCAUUUUAUACGGAAAAAAAUAUGCAUAUUACUGACUCAAUGCUCAAUCGAGUUCGACAACUAGCCAUUGUACUCAGUGGUCUUGCCUCUAAUGUGUUUGAUCAACCAGUAAUGAUGAUGAAGCUUUAUCGAGAUGCAGAUACCAAUAAAUUGCCUCGAAUCGGAUUUCAUUAUAAUGGUUCACUUUUGUUCAAUGUACGUUAUUUUGAACGUAUCUUUGCUGAAAAAUUUGAUCUACAAGGUGAAAAUACUGCUAAUCAUGAUUCAAACAUGCAUGAUAUUAUUAAUUUUUACUUUAUGAAAUCAUGUCAUUUACUAGUACAUAAUGUGCAUGUUAAUCAUGAUGUUAAAUUUAUUCGUACACUUGAAAACACUGUAAUCAAAUUGUUACCAGCUAAAGACUCAUUUCUUGAACUUUUUAAAUUUUCGUGGGAUUAUUAA